UUCAGAAUCACACUUGGUAACUAGCAAGGAAAGAUUUCAAACCCCAAACAGUGCAAUUGAGACCUUUGUAUUAAUAUAUACUACUGAGAAUAUCUAACAUGUUGUUACUAAUCAAUGUGAUUCUCACCUUGUGGGUUUUCUGUGCUAAUGGACAAGAAAAAACAUGUGAUACUCCUGAUAUUCCAAAUGGUGUCUACUCACCUUUAAGGAUUAAACACAGAACUGGAGAUGAAAUCAGGUACCAGUGUAUUAAUGGUUUUUAUCCUGCAACCCGGGGAAAUACAGCAAAAUGCACAAGCACUGGCUGGAUACCUGCUCCAAGAUGUGCCUUGAGACCUUGUGAUUAUCCAGACAUUAAACAUGGAGGACUAUAUUAUGAGAGUGUGCGUAGACCAUACUUUCCAGUACCUGUAGGAAAAUAUUUCUCCUAUUACUGUGAUGAACAUUUUGAGACUCCUUCAGGAAGUUCCUGGGAUUACAUUCAUUGCACACAAGAUGGGUGGUCACCAGCAGUACCAUGCCUCAGAAAAUGUUAUUUUCCUUAUUUGGCAAAUGGAUAUAACGAAAAUAAUGGAAGAAAGUUUGUACAGGGUAACUCUAUAGAAGUUGCCUGCCAUCCUGGCUAUGGUCUUCCAAAUGAGCAGACCACAGUUAACUGUACGGAGAAUGGCUGGUCUCCUCCUCCCAGAUGCAUUCGUGUCAGUAAGUACACUGCUCUGAGAUCCCAGCAUGUUCAUGUCUUUCUAAGUAACAUGGAUGACAUUCUCAGACUCAUCUAUAUUAACUGUUGUAAAAUGUUUUUGUUAACUUGUCUUGCCAAUGGACCUGUUUAGUUUUACUUUUUUAAUUGUGUGAAUAUACAAAUUUCUUGAUAAGAACAUAGCAAAAUAAAUGCUCCUAUUAAUGGACAUUAGUCAAGAAUACAGUAAGGAGAGCACAAUACUUGUUGGCUAAAUAAAGUCAUAUCGAAGUGGCAUCAGUGUCUGGGGUCAAUACUUGAGGUUGGUCACCUCACACCAAGAACAUUAAGUACAAAUGAGUAUUCUGGGAUAUUGUGCAUAUUCGACUCUAGAAGGUUUCCUACAGUAUUUAUUCCAAUAUACAUUUAUAUCAACAGUUCCUUCUUUUUUUACAUG